AGACUCAUAUGGACUUCCUCAGACAGUAGCCAAGCCGCUUCUUGUUCUUCCGCUUCCUCUUCCUCUUCCCCAGCCUGAAUUCAUCUUCCAGAGAAGACGCCACUUGCAAAAUUGUUUCUUGUCGCUACUCACAACUUUUGACUAAGGAUGGCUUCGAGAUUCUGGACCCAGGGUGGAAGUGAUUCGGAGGAGGAGGAGAGUGAUUACGAUGAGGAGGAUGAAACCGCGGUGGGUGAAUCUGCUAGUCAAGCCGUGACCAGCAGGUACCUGCAGGACAAUGCGAGUGACAGUGAUGAUUCCGAUGGCCAAAAGCGCGUUGUGAGGUCAGCAAAAGACAAGCGUUUUGAGGAGAUGGCUUCCACUGUUGACCAAAUGAAGAAUGGCAUGAAGAUCAAUGAUUGGGUGAGCUUGCAAGAGAGCUUUGACAAGAUUAACAAGCAGCUUGAGAAGGUCAUGCGUGUGACGGAAUCGGAGAAAGUUCCUAAUCUCUACAUCAAGGCACUUGUCAUGUUGGAAGAUUUCUUGGCUCAGGCAUUGGCCAAUAAGGAUGCCAAGAAGAAGAUGAGUAGCAGCAAUGCUAAAGCCUUGAACUCGAUGAAGCAGAAGUUGAAGAAGAAUAAUAAGCAGUAUGAGGAUUUGAUUAAUAAGUGUAGGGAGAAUCCGGAGAGUGAGGAUGAAAAAGAUGAUGAGGAGAGCGAGGAAGAGUAUGAGAGUGAUGAUGAGAUUAUUGAGCCGGAGCAGCUUAGAAAGCCGGAGCUGAAAUCGGAUUCGGAAGCUUCACAAUUUGAAGAUGAAAAGGCAGAUGCUGGUGAAGGUCAUUGGGACCAAAAGCUUAGCAGGAAAGACAGGCUUAUGGAUAGGCAGUUCAUGAAAGACCCUAGUGAGAUCACCUGGGACACUGUUAACAAAAAAUUCAAGGAGGUGGUGGCCGCUAGGGGCAGGAAGGGAACUGGGAGGUUUGAACAAGUUGAGCAACUUACUUUCUUAACAAAGGUUGCUAAGACACCUGCGCAGAAGCUUGAAAUUCUGUUCAGUGUCGUUUCUGCUCAGUUUGAUGUUAAUCCAGGCCUCAAUGGGCAUAUGCCCAUUAAUGUAUGGAAAAAAUGUGUACAGAACAUGUUGAUCAUUCUUGAUAUUCUAGUGCAGUACUCAAACAUAGUGGUUGAUGAUUCAGUGGAGCCAGAUGAGAAUGAAACUCAGAAAGGCCCUGAUUACAGUGGACCAAUUAGGGUUUGGGGUAACUUGGUUGCUUUCUUAGAAAGAAUUGAUGCUGAGUUUUUCAAGAGCCUGCAGUGUAUAGAUCCUCAUACACGUGAUUAUGUUGAGAGACUCAGGGAUGAGCCCAUAUUUCUGGUUCUUGCUCAGAAUGUCCAGGAAUAUCUUGAAAGAGUCAGAGAUUUCAAAGCUGCUUCUAAGGUAGCCUUAAGGAGGGUUGAGCUCAUCUAUUACAAACCACAAGAGGUUUAUGAUGCCAUGAGAAAAUUGGCUGAGCUGACUGAAGAUGGAGAUAAUGGAGGGGAAGCAAGUGAGGAGUCGAAAGGAUUUGAGGAAUCCAGAAUUCCGACUGCAUUUGUUGCUACUCCAGAACUUGUGGCCCGGAAACCCACCUUCCCUGAGAAUAGCAGGACCCUAAUGGAUAUAUUGGUAUCGUUGAUAUACAAAUAUGGAGAUGAGCGAACUAAAGCACGAGCAAUGCUCUGUGAUAUUUAUCACCAUGCUCUUCUUGAUGAGUUUUCGAUAGCCCGCGAUCUGCUGCUUAUGAGCCAUUUGCAAGAUAGUGUUCAGCAUAUGGACAUUUCAACCCAGAUACUUUUUAACAGGGCUAUGUCACAGUUAGGUUUAUGCGCUUUUCGGGUUGGACUGAUUUCUGAUGCACAUGGCUGUCUGUCUGAACUUUAUUCUGGUGGAAGGGUGAAGGAGUUGCUUGCGCAAGGCGUGUCACAAAGUCGUUAUCAUGAGAAGACUCCAGAACAGGAAAGGUUGGAAAGAAGGCGUCAGAUGCCAUAUCAUAUGCACAUAAAUCUUGAGCUUCUGGAGUCUGUGCAUCUUGUAUCUGCUAUGCUACUGGAAGUUCCCAAUAUGGCAGCAAACAUUCAUGAUGCUAAACGCAAGGUCAUUAGUAAGACUUUCCGUCGCUUGCUUGAGGUCAGUGAUAAACAAACAUUCACUGGUCCACCAGAAAAUGUCAGGGAUCAUGUUAUGGCUGCCACGAGGGUUCUUAGCAAAGGAGACUUCCAGAAGGCUUUUGACAUUAUUGUCUCUCUUGAUGUAUGGAAAUUUGUGAGAAAUCGGGAUACUGUGCUUGAAAUGCUGAAGGACAAAAUCAAGGAGGAGGCACUGAGAACAUAUCUCUUUACCUUCUCUUCAUCUUAUGAAUCUUUGAGUCUUGAUCAGCUCACAAAAAUUUUUGACCUCUCUGUUUCUCGCACUCAUAGCAUUGUUAGUAGGAUGAUGAUCAAUGAGGAGCUUCAUGCAAGCUGGGACCAGCCAACUGGGUGCAUUGUUUUCCAAGAUGUUGAACACUCCAGGCUGCAGGCAUUAGCAUUCCAGUUGACAGAGAAAUUAUCUAUCCUUGCUGAGAGUAAUGAAAGAGCAACAGAGGCAAGGAUAGGCGGUGGUGGAUUGGAUCUGCCUCUAAGGCGGAGAGAUGCCCAGGACUAUGCUGCUGCUGCCAGUAGUGGAACAGGCCCUUUAGGUGGUAGGUGGCAAGACUUGUCCCUUUCUCAGCCAAGGCAAGGCAGUGGGCGCACAGGGUAUGGCAGCGGUGGUGGAAGGCCAAUGGCAUUGGGUCAAGCGGGUGGGAGUGGCUAUUCAAGGGACCGAAUGGGACGGGGAACAGGUACUGGCUAUCAGAGUGGACGAUAUACUCAAGGUUCAGCAUUGAGGGGACCUCAGGGCGAUGUAUCUACUCGCAUGGUGAGCCUUAAGGGAGUUCGUGCUUAAAGAUUAUUAGACACAUACUACUAGCUUUUAGCAUUUAAAGUUAUCUUCUGUACCUCAGUUGGGAAUUCGUGCUUGAAGUUUAUUAGAGAAGACAUAUAGCACAAGCUGCAUUUAAAUUUAUCUUCUGUACCCCAGUUUUGAUAAUUUGACUAAUGCACUACAACAUUAUGGUUCUCAUUUUAGUACUGUAUUAUUUUCUUGUGGAUUUUAUCUAAAGUUGCAU